AUGACACAGCCCGCCUUUGAGCAACUGCACACAGUCCAAGACAUCCUCUACAAUGUGCAAAUGUCGCUUCGUCGCAUGCCGGGUGUGUCGUCGUCCGAGGCCGACAAGAUCAUCAACAAGCUCAAGGAUGUGGGCUGCAUGGUCAACAAGGAGAUUGUCCAGCUUGUCGACGCCCUGACCAACCUGGCCGUCGACGGGGAGGAGACUGCCAACUCGCUCGCCCGCUUCAGCAUCGACGCCAGCGUGGCCAAGGCCACGCUCGAGGAGCGGAGACAGACCAUCCGCCAUCUGGAAAAGGAGCUGUCGGACGAGAGGGACAGAAGUCUCAGGGCAGAGGCCGACAUGAACAAGAUGGUUGACGAUUUGCUACGCGUAUCUGGCGACUUCCCGGACCUCAGCAACAAGGCGGGCGGCGAAGUGGCUGACUCGGGCGACGAAAGCCAGACCGAUAUGGACAAGGCCAAGAAGAGCAAGGAAAAGCCGGAGAUGCUCGCCUGCGUAUCUACCUCGCACGAGGAGGACGACAACGACUUGGCCUUCAGGGAGCCCCUAGAGAGAAUAUCCCAGCAGCUCAAGAGCGCCAAUCUCGGCAGCGACGGUGGUGGAGUGCCCUCCCCCACCAAGGACCGCCAUCGCGGCAUCGACAGGACCCACGCCGCCACCCCGGCCCCUGGUUCCGCCGGUGCACGUGGACCAACUCAGUCGUGCUUCCCUCUUCUAACCGAGUUUCGUUCCCAGACGGUCCAACCAACCGGCUACUCGCCGCUCGGUGCCGGACCCCCUCGCGCCCCGUCAGCCCGCCCGGUCCAGACGAGCCGACAUCUUACCAGCUGGGGGAGCACCUCUUCCGGCGCCAGCAGCUCUCUCAUGUCCCCCACCAGCAGCGUCGGGGCAGCUGGUCGCGCCCCAACGCGUAGAGGGUACCAGCUCGGUCGGCAUACCACGUCUGUGUUUGCAGAGCAGCAGCAGCAGCAGGGUCUUAGCCUGGGACUGACUCGUCCGGGAACGGCCUUCCCCAUCAGCGGACGCGGUGACUUCUACCAGCCCUACCAUCUUCAGCAGUUAACGCGCGGUGGCGGUAGGUAUUCCAACUUUGACGCCGCCGCUGUCGGAAUCGGAGUCGGAAUCGGAGGAGCUGGAGAGAUGCACACCUCUGCCAAUGGUGGCGCCUUGGUCCCUACGCGCAACGGCGUCGCAUUCGGAGGCCAGCAUCGCAUGGGCCCCACGAUCCAGCUGACCGAGAGGUCCGUCAUGGCUUGGUCGGAGCAGAUCUCGCAGCUCUACGCGGCCAUACGAAACUUUGUCGACGCGCACGCCGCCCAGCCCAUGACCGAGGACCCCGAGAGGACCCUGGCCGAUACGGCCGUCUGGCCCAUCCUGAUGCGCACCUACCUGCCGCUGUCGGACGCCGAGUCGGCCUCGUACCUCGAGUUCCACCUGCGCGACCACAACUCCAAGAGGUGCCUGGUGACGCGCGUCGUCGUCGACUACGUCGUCAACCUCGUUUGGGUCCCCGGUGCGUGGAAGGGUGCCGACGUGGAUACUUCGCAUGCGCUUGUCGAGUUGGAGCGUGAUCUUGCCAGGGCUUCUGGUGAUCAAUAUUACGGCCAGACAUCAUCUUCCCGUCAACCCCUACUGGAUAGACAGUCGGCCAUAAUCGACUCCAUAAUGAAGGAGCACGCGCCCUCCUCCCCCUUCCACAAGGGCAAGAUGGAGGAGAUCUCGGGCAUGCUGCUCAACAGCCUGAGACCCCUGCUCAACCCUAGGACCAGCGCCCAGGACGCCUACGGCCACCUGGUUGCCGUGGCGGAGAAGGCCUGGGACCUGUCGUCCAAGAUCCUGUCGAGCCGGCUGACCUUUGACUUCCGUUUCCCCGAGAUCGGCACCCGCUUCAGCACCCAGAGCAUGGUGCCCGUCUGGCCGGUCGACGUGGACCCCGUGGAGCUGCAGACCAGGCAUUGGCGCGUGGCCAUGGUGACGACUCCCGUCAUUACCUGCCGGAAUGAUACGGGGUCAAAUAUUUCUGCUCACUCUGUCUGUCAUGCUGAUGUUAUUUGCAUGCAAUGA